AUGGCCCCAGUCGUCAUUGUCACCGGCGCCAGCCGCGGUAUCGGCCUCGCCAUCGCCCGUACCCUGCUCGCUACGCAUGGGGCCAAGGUCGCAACACUCCAGCGCACACUGACUCCCGAGCUCAAGGCCCUGGCCGAGCAGUACCCCGACCGCGUCCUCACCGUCUCUGGCGACGUCAGCAAGCCCGAGGACAAUGUGCGUGUCGUCGAGCAGACUGUCGCAAAGUGGGGCUCGCUCACGGGCCUCAUCCUCAACGCGGGCACCUUGGAUCCCAUGGGCAAGCUGAGCGAGGUGCCGCUCGACGCCCUUGUGCCGAGCCUGCAAACCAACCUCCUUUCGGCGCUGUACAUUGUCCAGCCGGCGAUCAAGUACCUGCGCGCCUCUGCGACACCCCAGAACCCGGCGCGCGUGAUCCUCGUUUCGUCAGGCGCUAGCGUUGGCGCUUACCAGGCUUGGGGGAUGUACUCGCUCGCCAAGGCGGGUGUUAAUAGCCUUGCGCGCACGUUUGCCGCGGAGGAGAAGGACGGCAACGUCAUCUUCCUGUCGAUCCGUCCCGGUGUGGUUGACACUGACAUGCAAGGACACAUCCGCAAGGCCGGACCGGGUGUCAUGGCGCCGAAUGAGAUGGCCAAGUUCAACCAGCUUCACGAGGGCGGCAUGCUCCUCCCUCCCGAGCAGCCGGGUAGCGUCAUCGCCGGAUGCGCGAUCGGGCUCCCCGCCGAGUGCUCGGGCGAGUACGUCGACUGGGCAGACGAGCGGUUCGCACAGUGGCGCCACAAGGCGUAG